AUGUUUAGACUGCCAGCUGUUACAGCAAGAAACUAUGUAUCUCUACAUAUAACGUCAUCUCGUUCGACUACCACCAAUAGAGUGAUCCGUAUUUCGUUAGUGAAUAGAUUUCAUAAUGGAUCAUCGAUUUGGAAUCAAGGAAAGAUUACUUCUAAAACAAUCAUCAAAGGUAAAACUCUAGACCAAACGAAACAGGAAAUACAAAAGGAGAAAUUUUCAGAUAUUUUUAAUACCAACGAUCAUGAACAUGUUCAUCUUCAAGAAUCAGAGACGGAAACUAGUGAUAGUUAUCAUUUGGGAGCCAAGGAUCGUAAGACAGACAAUACCGGUAUAUCUGCGGGUCGUCUCACACAUACUCAUAAUCACACACAUUCACACUUGGAACCUAAUGAAAUGUUAGUAGCGAGUCUACAUGAGAUUAGAAAAAAUGCAGGCGUUAGAAUUACAUGGGUGGGACUCAUGAUUAAUGUCGGUAUAGCUCUAGGGAAAUUUGUUGGUGGGAUAGUAUUCCAUUCACAAGCAUUAUUAGCUGAUUCUAUUCAUGCUGCAAGUGAUCUUAUAUCGGAUAUAUUGACAUUAGUAUCAGUUAACAUGGCUUCAAAAAAACCAACAAGUGAAUUUCCUUACGGAUAUGGGAAAAUUGAAACUGUAGGUUCCUUAGCAGUAUCCACUAUCCUAACCAUGGCAGGUGUUUCCAUUGGUUGGACCUCAUUAUGUGCAGUUGUUGGGCCAAUUGUUCCGCAUACUAUUAUUGAGACAGUAACCUCAUUCUUAGGUACACAACAUGCACAUUCACAUUCACAUACCAUGAUACCUGAAGGUGUUACUAACAUAAAUGCGGCCUGGAUCGCUGGUGGUUCUAUAGCAUUAAAAGAAUGGAUUUUCCAGGCAACGAAAAAGAUUGCAAUAAAGACAAACUCUAAUGUUUUGAUGGCAAACGCAUGGCAUCAUCGGGUAGAUUCUCUAACCUCAUUUGUAGCGUUGAUUGCCAUCACUUCUAGUCAUUUCUUCGGCAUUAGUUCAUUAGAUGCUCUUGGUGGUCUUGCAGUUUCAGGUUUAGUCAUCAAGGCAGGUGGACAAGGUAUGGUUUCUUCUUUGAAAGAGCUGAUUGAUCAAUCCAUUGCUCAUGAAGACGAACGUUAUAUCAAGAUAGAGACGGUUAUAAAAGAUGGUCUGAAUAAGCUUGUCUCUGAUAACAAUUCUGAUAAGCCAUAUGAGGUUAAUGAAUUGACAGUGCUUGCAAGUGGUCCAAACACUCGUAUACAUGCAAUCUUACAAGCACCUAUACAAAAGUGGGAUAAUUUACUUGGGAUCAAAGAGAUGGAAAAUGUUUCUGAUUAUUUAAGAACGGUUAUUAAGAAGAACGUUAGCAAUGUGGGUAAAAUAGAAUUCGAGUUUAUAGAACAACACAAACAUAUCGAUAUUGAUAAGAAGAACGUUGCCAAAUAA